UACAUGAACUAUGGCGGCAUCGGAUUUGUCAUUGGUCAUGAAAUUACCCACGGUUUUGAUGAUCGAGGCAGACAAUUUAAUAAGGAAGGUAAUCUUGUGGAUUGGUGGGAGUCAGAGACAAAGAAACGUUUUCUCAAGAGAACCGAAUGUAUAAUUCAUCAGUAUGGAAAUUAUACCGUAAAAGAAGUCGGAUUGAACUUAAACGGAAUAAACACCCAGGGUGAAAAUAUUGCGGACAAUGGCGGCAUAAAGAAGGCUUAUUACGCGUAUAAAGAAUGGGUCAAACGAAACAAACCGGAGCAGAGAUUGCCCGGCUUGCCGUACAGCCCGGAGCAGAUGUUUUGGAUAAGCACGGCCAAUUCUUGGUGCAGCAAGUAUCGACCGGAAGCACUGAAGCUACGUAUUACGAUGAAUUCCCAUAGCCCGCCCGAAUUUCGCAUUAAUGGACCACUAUCAAACAUGGAGGAGUUCUCGCGCGACUUUAAUUGCCCAAUCGGCUCCAAAAUGAACCCCGAGAAAAAAUGUACUGUGUGGUAGAUCUCAGAUGUCUGUAAAAUAUGUGUUAGCAAUACAUGUGUUAGGUUGACACCGUUUUUAAUCUUAUAAUUAGAAGUUGCAAUUCUGCGUUCGUUGUUGAAACAAUAAAUUUUUUUCUCGACGGCUGAA